CCGAUGAUGAUGACGAUGAAGAUCGUUUUCCCACUCUACCUCCCAUGCAUGUAGGAUCUGCGGGCUGUUUUGCGCACCUACUAAAUCUUAUAGUCGGGGUAAAUAUUUAAUAAGGUGGUUAAUGUACUUUUGCAAAAUCGCAAAUUGUUAAAACCAUCCUUCGUGGUUUUCUAUUUUUGAUAGGAUGCAAUGAAACCUGAUGUACAGCGAGCUGUCAAUGACGCAAGAACCCAUUGCGAGAAAAUUAUUACAAAAACAAAGUAAUUAACAAUAAUAUAUAAUAAUGUAUAAGUCAUGAUGAAUAAGUAAAGUAAAUCGGACCUAAUCGGUCGAACAUUAGAACUAAUACAAUUUACCAUGUUUUAAUAAACCUAGGCAAUCAAUGCCAGUUGCUCGAGCCUUUAGAGCUGCUAAAGAUGCGCUACCGCGUGGUGAGGACGGUAAGCCAGAGGAGACCGGUGGCCUUGUUAAAAAUGUUUCGACCCGUUGGAACUCAAAUCUGGCCAUGUUCAGGUACACAGCUAUGUUGUAUAUUGUAUAAGUGUAUUAAAAAUUAAACAGUAAACUAUAUAUGCCAUCAUUUAUAUUUUGUUGCUGACUUGCUGUAGAUCAUUUAUUAAGAACAAGGAUGCGGUAACAGCACUAUUGCGUAGAGCGCGUGAGCUUGAACUUCCGCCAUUACCAGCUUCUUUGGGAAACCGUGCCAAUUUUUGGAACAUCCUAGAUGGCCUGGUAAAAGUAUUAACUCCAUUUGAAGACGUCACUCUCCAAGUCAGCAAGGAGGAGUCGAGUUUGGGCGAGUGUAUCCCCUAUGCUCAAACACUGGUAAGCAAUUAGUAAUCACCGGACCGUAACAAUUAAACCAAACAAUAUCACAAUUGACUAUGAUCUAUGUCUAUUGUUGAAUAUUGAUUUGCCUUUGUUGAGUUGUUCUUCUAUCUUUGUUACUCUUCCAGCUUAGAUCAAUUGAAAAACUGGAAGUUCCAACGGACGAUGAACUCCCGGUGACUGGUCUAAGCACUUUUUUGACUGUCUUAAAGGAGGGCAUACAGGACCGUCUGAUAAAUGACCAGGCCAGAACUUGGAAAAUUGCCACAUUCUUAAAUCCAAGGCAAGCAACCGCUAAGUAUCAAUUUCUGUCUUGAGUGCCUUUUUGAGCAUUUCUAACCAAUUUUUGACCAAGUCUUUUCAGCUCUGUGGUAAUCUGCGAAAUCUAAUUAUCAAUUAACAUUUAUAAGUUACAUCAAUCUUGCAAGAAAAUGCAGAAUUGCUGAGCCAGUUUAAUUUUUUUUUCUUUUUACUGCUAUAGAUUUAAGCUACUUCUGUUCAACGCGGAGGACCAUGUUUCCGUUCGUGAGGCCGUGCUUCGGGAGAUGUCCGACGAUGGGACUGCUAAUGCUGGCUCUGUUGGAAAUCCCCCUCAGUACACCGGGCGCAAAGGAUCGCUGCUCACAACGCUGUCCGACAUUGUCCACGAGAGGAUCGAAAAUUCUGGUGGGCAUACGGAGCAACAGCCAGGCCGCUCAGGCGUUAUUUCGAAGAGCCAAGAAAUAUCAGCAUACCUGUCGGAGCCGGUAUUGCCAGUCCGUUCUCCUGAUGGCAAGGCUAAUCUAGAAGAGCUGGGAGGAUAUUGGUAUCGCCACAAGAACCUAUGGCCGUCACUUACACGGCUGGCACUCUCAUAUUUGUCUUGUCCUCCGUCAUCAGUAACGUCUGAGCGAGUCUUUUCUCUGGCGGGGAACAUUGUAACAAAAAAACGGUGCGCCCUUUUGCCAGGGAACAUCGGUAAACUUGCCUUUAUUAAGUUUAAUAAUAAAAAGUUUUAACCACAUUGAUGUCAUUGACAUUGCGUCUGUGAGCGACUGCUUCUUGUCUUGUCUUGUCUUGUCUUGUCUAGCUUGUCUUGUCUUGUCUUGUCUUGUCUUGUCUUGUCUUGUCUUGUCUUGUCUUGUCUUGUCUUGUCUUGUCUUGUCUUGUCUUGUCUUGUCUUGCGCAACCAGUAGACCACAGUGACCACUUCCAUAAUUCAGACAAAUUUAAAUAUUCUUUUAUG